AUAAAUAUGAGAAUUGCAUGUCUUCAAUUAAACCCAGUGAUUGGGAAAAUCCAAUCCAAUAUCACGAAGGCUAAUCAAAUCAUUGAAAAAUCUCUACAACAAUUGGACCGUCCAUUUGAUUUACUUAUACUUCCAGAAUUGGCCCUCACUGGCUAUAACUAUAAAAGUAGAGAACAUAUAGAGCCAUACUUGGAGCCUACAGAAAAUGGACCUACUUCCAGAUGGGCCGCUGAAAUUAGUCGCAAGUAUAAAUGUUUUACCCUAGUGGGGUAUCCUGAAUGGAACGCGGAACAUAAAGCCAUUUAUAAUUCCGCUAUACUUACAUCUCCAUCGGGUUCAACCAUACAUCAUUAUCGGAAAACUCAUCUAUACGAGAGUGAUGUGACUUGGGGUUGCUCGGAGAGCCCAGACAAGGCAUUCAACGGGUUUGAAUUUGUCUUGAAUAAAGAUUUUUACACCGAUAAUGCACCACCUUCAGCCCUGAUCAAGGCUCAGGUUGGAAUUUGUAUGGAUCUUAACCCAUACAAGUUUGAAGCACCAUUUAAUGCAUUUGAAUUUUCUGGCGCUUGUUUUAGAAAUCAAGCAAAACUCAUAUUAUGUCCCAUGGCUUGGCUUUCUCAAAAAUCACCAUCAAUUGCUGAGGAAUCUGGGAAAUCGGACGUUGACGCAGUCCCCAUUGUGCAAGAUGAUGAAAAAUCAAUCAGAUAUGAUCUCUUGUAUAAAAAGGAACUUGAUGUUAGAGAACAACAGAAAACGGAAAUUUCUACGGUUGAUUAUUGGAUUCUUCGAUUUCUCCCCUUUCUCAAACAUCCAAUGGUGGAGGUAACGAGAUAUUAUAACAAGGUCACCUUGGUAUGUUGUAAUCGGACCGGUCAAGAGGACAAUGUUCUUUAUGGGGGCUCGAGUCUGAUUAUCCAAUUUGAUAGUAAUGCCGCGAACUCCACUCCUACAGGUACAGAAAAUAAAAGCGUUACGCUACUUGGGAGCUUAGGGGUGGCCCAAGAGGGAAUCUUGGUUAGAGACGUUGAAAUAGUUCUUAGAGACCGUAUAUAA